AACAGACAAAAGAGAAACUAAGGGCAUUGCUAUCACUCUUAAAGGUUUGCCCUUUUUUCAUGUUUUACUUUUGACACCUGACGUGGACAAAUAGGAAGCCUACUGGUCAUGCGUUCCGCAUAUACGGUCACCAUUGUGAAAUUUUAGCUCUGCGUCAAUUCAAGGCGUGUCCCACCGCUGCUUAUCUCAGUACAGUCAAGGACUUCGGCGCUUCCGAACGUCCCCUUUUGUUAGAUCACUGAUUAGUGUACACCAAUACGUACACACAUCUUAACCGUGCAGACAUUUUUUUGGCAGAACAUGGCCAAUGCCACUAACCUGAAUGAUGCUUCAUUCGACUAUGAACGUUCGAAAAAAACGGUUAACAGGAUUAAGAAUAGGUCUAUCGAAUUUUCUUCCGCAUCAGAAAAAUCGGGCUCUGUUUCACGGGCAGCUUUUCAACGGACUCGCUACGCUACAGCUGAAGACGAACGAGUGUACAAAACGUACAGCACGGGAACGGCUGCUCAGCAAGUCAAGUAUGACGGACAUGAACUGCGUCUCAUCGAUGACGAAGAAUCCGAUUGCGAUCAGCCAUCAACGUCAGGAAGUGUCAAAGGGCUGUCAGUCAACAUCGUGCGCCUCAAACCACGCGCUGUUAGAAAUGAUUACAAGAAAACAGAAAGUCGGGCCAAGACCGUGAGCAAUCACGUCCGCCAUCGACCUAAUAACGACAGCGACGAAUCUGUGGUAAAGGCAAAUGCAGAAGUGAUGCAAAUCACGCGAUUGAAAGAAGAAAAGGCAACGAACACCAGGCAGUUCAGCCCUCAAAGGAAGUCAUAAACACGAACGCUGGAAAAUGUGCUCCAUCAACGGGAAAUGUUACGUUCCGGUUACAGACACGCAAAGAACUAACGAUGUCGGAAGAUGAAAAUCGAACAAAAGUCGAUUGCAAAUAUGUGUUAAUGAUUUUUUGAAAGUAGAUAUUAGCCUACAUAGGUAUAUAAAGCUUGUGCAGUUUACCAAAAAUACUCCGUGUGUUGUUAUGAUGAACUGCCAUGCAUUUUAAUAUGCUAAUAUACAACGCACGAAAUACA